AUGGAGCGAAUCUUCAAACAUCUAUCUUGCACUAAUGCUCAAAAGGUGUUAUGUGCAGAAUUUAUGUUGGUUGACGCGGCAGGCCAUUGGUGGGAGUCAGCAUCUCGCACUAGAACAGAAGCACAACAACGUGCUCUGACUUGGACGCAAUUUAAGGAGGAAGUGAUGGGAAAAUACUUCCCACAAGCCCUGAGGAAUCGCAAGGAGACAGAAUUCCUUCAACUCAAAAAGGGAAAGAUGAAACUUGAAGAUUAUGAGAGAAAGUUCGAGCAACUCUCUAGGUACACACCACACCUAGUAGACAUGGAGGUAAAGAAAGCAAGGAGGUUCGAAUUGGGAUUGCGCCCUAUGAUUGGUGGAAUAAUGGCAUCCCACCAAUUCACCACCUAUAGUCGCGUUUUGCAAACUGCCCAAGUUAUCUCAAAUGGGUUGGAAAUAGACCAAAUUCCCCAGCAAGUGGCCGAGUUAUCAGGAAAGAGGAAGUGGAAUGGGCCCAAUGAAGGGAAAGGAGAGGAACAGAACAAAAUGGUUAACUUUGGAUCAAAUUUUGGACAAGUCAUUGCACCUUGUCCAAAGUGCAAUAAAAUGCAUAGUGGUGAAUGUUUGUUUGGGAAGCAUGUGUGCUAUCGAUGCGGUAAAACAGGGCAUAUUUUCAAAAAUUGCAAAGAAGACCCCUUGAAGAAGAAUGAUGAACAAGAAAAGAAGGGAAAGACCCGAGUUUUUGCUUUAGCCCAGGAACGGACAACAGAAGACCCGAAUGCAGUGAAGUGUGUGGCCGUUGCACAUGUUUGUAGCAACGGACGGGUGUUGAAGAUGGAGUAG